UGUUGAUUUCGCUGACAUUGUGCAUCGACGUUUACAGAUAGCAAAGUCGAUAGCAAAUUAAUAUGUGAAUGAUCACUUCUCUGAGGCCGGCCGGCAGUCAUCGAGAUCAUGAAGAUCGUGGAGGAGCUCCUCCUUCCGGCGCUGGCCGCCGACUUGACCAGCCGGCUCGUCUCCCUGCUGAUCCGCUCCUACCGCAGCCGCGCAACCACCGGCGUGGUGGAGGACGACGACCUGGAGAAGCUCCAGCUGCUGCUCCUUGAGCUGCACGCUGCCGUCGACGAGGGACAGGGCCGGCACGUCACGAGCCAGAGGCUGCUCCUGUGGCUCCGGGAGCUCACGCAGAGCAUGUACCGGGGCUACUACGUGCUGGACACCUUCCGCUACCGCUCCGUCUCCAUCCAGGCGCAGCAGCAAGACGACGCUCGCGGCGCUGCCGCCAAGCGGCUGCGCACCAGCGCCGGCGCCGCGGUGCGCCUCGUGCUCGGCAGUAGCAGCAGGGACGACGACGACUCGUCCCGUGCCCUCGCCCGCGCCCUCGCCCAUCUGCAAGCCGUCCUCCAGAACGUGACCCCGUUCCUCCAGAUGCUGGGCACCUACCGGCGGGUGCCCCGGAGGGUCAGCGUGGACACGGAGAGGUGCGUGCCGAUCGGGCGUCACGUCGAGAAGCAGCGGAUCGUCGCGUUCCUGCUCAAGGAGGACGAGGCGGCUGCGCACGUCGUCGGCGUCCUUCCGAUCGUCGGCCCUAGGGGCACGGGGAAGAGCACCCUCAUACACGAUGCCUCCCACGACGCGAGAGUGCGCGCGCACUUCGCGGUGAUCGAGCGCUUCGGCCUCGACGAAGUGCUGCUGCCCCUACACGCCGCUGGAGCGGGCGCAGCCGCCGCCACGGACGACACGUCAAGCCGGAGCUUGGAAGAUCACCGGAUUUACCUCGACGCGGUGCACAACAUCGUCCGGCAAGAGCGCUUUGCCCGGAACAGGUCCCUGCUCAUACUAGAGGACGCACCGGCCGUCAUCGAAUUCGCCGAGACAGCGUGGGUCCUACCAAUGGCUCACGGGAGCAAGGUCGUCGUCACGAGCGAAUACGACCAAACCAAGGCGGGUCUCGGCGCGACGGAGGAGGCAAUCAGAACCAAGAAGAUGUCCAAGGAGGAGUACUGGUACCACUUCAAGGCGCUCGCCUUUCGCGGAGCGGCGAAUGAUCCAGCAGGGCCGGCGCACCCAGCGCUGGCGGCUACAGCUAAAGAGAUCGCAUCCGUCCUGAACGGGUCAUUCCUAGGGAUGCAUAUAUUGAUCGCCCUGAUGCGAUCCGACCCAAGGGAGUGCUUUUGGCGCGCCGUACUCCAGAGCCUCGUGGAUCUCUGCCGCUCCUCGAACUCCAAGAGGAUCAAGGCCGACAUGGGCUACGUGCAGGAGUUCGCGCUGAUCGGGCGGAUCGCUCUCAAGCUUGUGCUUCCGAUGCGUCUCACGCUUCGUAGCUGCUCCAUCACCAAGCAGGGGGGCGAUCCUCAAUUAGGACCUGAGCUUAAUCGUGUGGCAGGAGGGAUAGCUUACAGUUGUCGCAGUGAUGACUCUGGGUGCGUGGAUGUCAUCCUAUGCAGAUCACGCAUCCCUCCCUACGAGAUCUACAAGCUCUCCUGCGUCAUGGAGGAAGAGGUCCAUCUAGAACGUGCGUCCUAGAAAAAUGAAUUUGGUACCCUGUAUAAAACCAUGUUAAUUUGCUUGCUUCUAGGUAGUAUAUGAUCUUGAUGAAAUUUACGUCUUGCUUGCGUAUGUACGGACCCAUUCUGUUCCAUUGAUGUACAGUGACUGUGAACUAAACGGAAAUUUAUUUUUUGUAUCA